AGAAAUAUACCAAAAAAUCACAAGCAGCUCUAAAAAGUAUAAACCAACCAAGCAAGCACGCUCGCACCAUAUUUUAUUUAUAAAAAAUAAAAUUUUGUAGAAACUGAUCUUUUUACAAUUUUAAUUGAUAACAAUGGGUGUUGAUAUUGUUCCAAUUUCACCAGGUGAUGGAAGUACAUUCCCCAAAAAUGGACAAGUAGCAGUUGUCCAUUAUACUGGAACUUUGAGCAAUGGAACCGUGUUUGAUUCAUCACGUACUCGUGGGAAACCAUUUAAAUUCGUAGUUGGUAAUGGUGAAGUCAUUCGUGGUUGGGAUGAAGGUGUGGCGAAACUUUCAGUUGGCCAAAGAGCUAAAUUAGUUUGCUCACCUGAUUAUGCAUAUGGUAGCCGAGGUCAUCCUGGUGUUAUUCCACCUAAUGCAACAUUAACUUUUGAUGUCGAACUCAUUAGAGUAGAAUAAAAAAAAAAAAACACACACAAAAGGUUUUCAUUACAUAGAAAACAAAAAAAAAAUACAAUUAAAAA